AGAGAGCCCAGGCCCAGGCUGGGAAGCUGGCAUGUCCUGGACACCCUUUCAGCUGUGUUCUUUCACCUAGCAGGCCAGCGUCAAGCUUAUGCUAAUUAACUCCAGGUUUCAAGUCUCUUGUUGCCUGGUGACAGAGUUUCACAGCUGAGCAGGAGGAACUGGAAUGAGCAGGAGUCCAUCUUCUAGCAGUUUCAUGUGACUUUCCUAAAACUGAUCACCAACUAAACAAAAUAACCCUCCUCAAACAUCUAAAGAAACAUGGCUAAAGGUGGCAAAGGCCCCAAAGGCAAGAAGAUCACCCUCAGUGUGGCCAAGAAUUGUAUCAAAAUCACAUUUGAUGGGAGAAAACGCCUUGAUUUGAGUAAGAUGGGAAUUACCACCUUUCCCAAGUGUAUUUUGCGAUUCAGUGACAUAGAUGAGCUGGAUCUUAGCCGGAAUAUGAUCAGGAAGAUCCCUGACUCAAUCUCCAAGUUCCAGAACCUGCGGUGGCUGGACCUGCACAGCAACUACAUUGACAAGCUCCCCGAGUCCAUUGGCCAGAUGACCACCCUGCUCUACCUCAACGUCAGUAACAACAGGCUGACCACCAGUGGGCUCCCUGUGGAGCUCAAUCAGCUCAAGAACAUCCGCACCAUGAACUUAGGCUUGAACCACCUGGACAGCGUGCCCACUACGCUGGGCACCCUGAAGGAGCUCCACGAGGUGGGCCUCCAUGACAACCUGCUCAGCAGCAUCCCCAAAAGUAUCUCCAAGCUCCCCAAGCUGAAGAAGCUCAACACAAAGCGAAACCCCUUUCCAAAGGCAGAAGGGUCAGACACAUUCAUAGAUUCCAUCAAGAGGCUGGACAACCUCUACCUGGUGGAGGAGAAGGACCUGUGUGGGCCUUGCCUGAGAAAAUGCCAACAGGCCCGAGACAAGCUGAACAGAAUCAAGGGCAUGGCCAUGCCAACGCCGAGAAAGGCCAACUUUUCCAGUUUGAUCUCACCCAACUCCAUGGCCAAGGAGUCCCAGGAAGCUUGGAGGUGACCUGGACCCUGACCUUGAGGCAGAAAGGGAAAAAGGAGGGAGAGAAGAUGGCAGUAGCUACAUCCACAGGCACUUGAGGGAUUCCCCCUUCCUGAAAUAGCUCCACCAGCCAAGCCCAUAAAAUACCUUUCCCUACCUCCUUGGCUUGUGAUUUUGUUGACUGAAGGCUUCUAGUUUUUGCCAUUCCAUGUUUCUGUCUUCUCUGCAUGCACAUACCCACACAUCAAGGCACAGUGAGUUAGAAGGGGGCCCUUCAUCUCACUUCUCUUGCCUGCAACCCACACCCAGGCAGGGACCAAGGCCAGCACACCCUUGGUCUCAUUAUCACAUGUUUCAUGACCACCUGCCAGCUCCCAAAUGUGGAGUUUAUUCUAUGGGAAUGUUUUGGCUCAGGACUACAAAGGUCAGGGAUCUCAAAACAUGGGUUGGGAAGAGGGCAGAUGGACAUUUAGUCUUGGAAAGAGGACAAAAUAGGGCCAUAGAGAUGGACAGAUAUUAUCAUUAAGUACUGGCAGGCAACAUCUUAGAUUCAAAGCAUUACCUGUCUUUUAUCUGUGCUUGCAUAAGUUGCCCUAGGGGUUUCCCGACUAAACCUGCAGGCCCUUGACUGGCUGUGAAUGAAGGAAGUUGCACUCCCAUCUUAUUACAUCCAGUGUUUUUCCUGACCCCUGUGGGAGUAAGGAGAAAAUGGGUACCUCUGUGGGUUGGUGCAGUCACAAAAUAAAUGCCUCACUAGGCAUUGUGCUAGGUGUGCUGGGUGCAGAAACUGGACCAAUGAGGGAAAGCUUGACUUGCUCUGUGCUGCCCAGAGGGAAGACCAGUUGAAAGAAGGCAGGACAAAGUGUCAUGGUCUGAGGAGGUUGGGAGACUGGGGCCAAGUGGUGUGCAGGGAUGGCCUGGCAUAGAGAAGAGCCAGAGAUUCUGGAGUUGGGCACUUGUGAAAUGAGAAUAACACCAGCCUCCACUCUAAAGGCUGUUUGCAUCUCAGCAGAUAGCACACCAAGCGAGCACUCAACAGCAAUCAGCUUUCUCUAAGAACUGGGGCUUGGUGUGUCUCAAAGCUGAAAUACUGCUUUGGACAGUGUCCCUAGUCCCAUUAGAUAUUUUGGCAGGAUGACUGUGGUAGAGCCAGUCCUCCCAGGAGCUGAGAAUCUUCUCUGUACCUCUCACUCACACCUUCAUACUGCCUAAGGGGGUACAGGAAGAAACCUUUAGGGAAGUUUGUUUUAUUGUUGUUUUUUUUAAUUAAAGUUUUUCUGCAUUGGUGGUAAGUUUUAUAGUGGUCAGUGGAAAAGCACUAAGAAAUAUCCACCUCUUCUGCGGGACUAGCUUAUUUCUCUUUUAUGUUAUAAACCAUAGCGGACUGCACGCUUCAUUUCUUCACCCUCACUGCUUACUCUCCUUUGCAAUGCUCAGUUGUGACAACUCUGUUAUAUUUAUAAAAUCUCUGAAGUUAGGGAUUCAAAAUUCCCUUUGCAGUUAUUCCCUUAAUUAAAUGUUUUCCAUUAUAAAAGUAACAAAACCAUAACAUAGUUUUAAAUAUAACAGUUGAAAGCAUCACAAUUCUACAGUAUAAGUCAACUAUAAUAUUGACAGAUUUCCUUACUAGUUAUUUUUCUGUGUAUAUUUUUGUAUGUAGUUAAAAUUACAGAAUUCAUGUCAUUUUUAUCCUGCUUUGAACUCAUGUUGUUACAUGGCCUUCAUAACCAUAACACAAGACAUCUGCAAGACAGAUGUGGAUAUGUAGAACUAUAAGUUACUGGUGGACAUUUAAGUUAUUUCCAGCUUUCCACUAAUAGAAAUAGUAUCAUAAUGACAGCCUGUAUGAUCAAGAUUUUUAAAACAUUUUGCAGUAUUUCCUUGGUAUAAUUUCAUAAUAGCAAAUACUGUGUUAAAGAGUGUUUUUAAAAAAUACUUUUGGAUACAGGCUAUCAGGUAGCUUCUAAAAAGUUUAUAGACAUUUAUGUAUCCACCAGUAAUAUAUUAAAGAGCCUGUUUCACUACAUCCUUGCCACUAUUGAGUUUUUCCUUCAUUUAAUGUCUAAAAUGAUUCAUCAGAAGCCUUUCCUAAGAUGAAUGGUGCAGUCUUGCCUGUGAAGUGCAUGGAAUGUCAUGCCUUGGGCUCAGGAGCCACUACUGGUAUGUUGGGCCUUGAACAUGUCCCUAAGGUAGCCAUCCUGCUCCUUCAGCUACUUCAUCUCUGACCCAAAAAGUCCAGAAGCCAUGCAAGGGCAUAUGAUCCACACAGAGAGUGGUGGCUGGUUAUCCAGACACUGCCCAUCUUCUUUAUCUUUGGAUUUAGCAUUCCCUGCUUAGUCAUUCAAAAGGUUCAGCAAAGAGCAGGAGUUAAGAACAAAGAUCUCUCUGUGCCCUUAGGAAGGAUCUGGUCUAGACCCUGGAUUUCCCCUUGCUCGCCCUCCUGCUCCAGCACAGCACACAUCCCCACUGGGCUUGGUCCCCCCAAUCCUUCUCCAGGAGCCUCUUGUGGAUUCACUGGCAAAUGAGUAGUUGGCAUGUAAGAUGACAUUUAUUCACCAUCCUUGAUCUAGGUACUUUACUAUGCUUGCAUUCUUAAAGCUGUUUUAGGAAGGGCUUUUAAGUGCAUUGAACUUCACUGGGAUUGAGAAAUAAAUGGGCAGGGGGCUUUGAUUUGUCACAGGAUACAUUCACAUCACACAGCUUGUCAGGCAGGACACCUGGCAGCAGGAUGAAGUGCAGACCAGAAACAGGGAUCACUUAGGAGUCCCUUUCUACUGUCAAGGAAGAGGUUUGGUGUAGAUGUUUUCCUUCAUGCUCUAAAAUACCAAAGUCACCUUUACUUCCUGGAAAUUGUAUUAAAGUCUAAAAACACUUGAUAGGAAAAUCAUGGGGUUUCUGUUCCUUCAAACAGAAUAAAAACCCUAUUCACACUAACCCAGUGACCACCCUCUCUGAAAGCCAAGCAUGAUCUAGAUGACCCCUGUGUGACCUCUAUACUUGUUGUGUUUCCCCUCUGUGACCUGGAAGAAUUGCUCAGCCUCUUGUGUCUCCAUCCCUAGGAUACGCUCACCAUCCCUAGGGCACUGUAUAGCAAAAAUGUGAAGACUAAUCAGCUAACAAGAAAAAACACCUCCGAAGAAGAAAACCUCUCAGUUAGGAGAAGAGAGUGGCAAGGAGAAUAUUCUGGAAGUCAGGAGCUCUGGUGCUGGCCAAGCCACUGACUUGCUUCUUAAAUUCACUUUGCCUCUCUUUUUGCUUUAGACCAUCUGUGCGUGAAAUGACUUUGGGAAGAUGUUUGGUGUGUCUUUUUUUUUAAUGCAUAUAGAAGAAAUGAUAGAUAUAAAUUAUAGAUGAAGUAAAGAUUUAAAAUAAGACUUUAAGAUUUUAAAGACUUACAGUCUCUACACUUCACUCAAACUGGCAAAAUCUUAAUACCAGUCACCUGUGAUAAGUUAGGUAUGUAUAAUUCACUAUCUUAGGCAACUAAAAGUUAUGUAAAAAAUGCAAAGAAAUAUGCUCAGAAGUGCUACAGAUAAAUCAAAAUGGAAUUUUAAUGAAUCUUUCAGUAGUGGUAGUCAAGAAAAAGAGAACAGAGAAAUGAACAAUAGGGAAAAAAUAGGAAACAAAUAGGCAGACUUUUGUCCUAAUGUUUUAAUAAUUACAUUAAAUGUAAAUAGUCUUCUUUAUAUGGCCCUAAACAAAUAACAACCAUACUUGCCUCAAUAGGCAAAUGGUUGAUGGUUAAAGAAGCCCUGGUCCAUCCAUAUCAUGGAGUACAACUCAGAAAUUGAAAGGAACAUACUAUUAAUAUGUGCAAUAAGUUGGAUGGAUCUUAGUGACAUUAUUCUGAGUAAAAAAGGCCAAUCUCCAAAAGUCACAUAUUCUAUGAUUCCAUUUAUAGAACAUUAUCUAAAUGACAAAAUGAUAGAGAUGAAAAACAGAUCAGUGGCUGCCAGGAUUUAAGGUUGCUGAGGGGCGAUAGAGGACAGGCAUGACCAGAAAGCGGUAGCACAAGAGAUGCAUUUGUGCUGAUAAAAACAACUGCACGUGUGGAUAGGGGUGUGGUUACAUGAAUGUACACAUAUGAUAAAAUGACGCGGCUCGAUGCAGACACGCUGGACCAAUGCCAGUGUCCUAGUUUUGAAAUUGUCCGGUAGUUACCUCAUAUGUAACUGUUGGAGAAAAUUAAGUGAAGGCUGCCUGGGUUCUCUGUGUAUUAUUUUUACAACUUCCUAUGAAUCUGUAUUCAUUUAAAACGAUCUUACAGCCUAGAUGGAGCAAUAAACAGAUCCUUGUAUACCUGCCAAGUGCUAAUUUAUGAGUAACUGAGGCAAGCUUGACGUUCCUCAACCAUUCUGAACAGUUAAGGCAUUUCAGGAGAAACAGCAUCUUAACCUCAGUUCACCAGACUCAUCUAAAAUUAUCUACUAUUGAUCUUGUCCUUAAAGAUUCUGGAGAAAGAUGUUAAAAUAAUUAAAAGAAUAUGCAUGGCUUCUCUAUCCAUAUCCGGGCUUCUCUGGUGGUGCUUUGGGCUUAAGCAGCAAGUGGGGUUGGGAAACCUGAAGCAGUGCGUUUCUCCCUUCACAGUUCUGGGUUUUCACACUCCUGCCCCCCAUCCCCCAUGGAAACCACAUGACUGAGCAGAGCUGGAAGGAUAAAGGGGGUAGGCUUAGUGCAAAGAGCAGGGAUUAAUUUAGGCUUCUGUAUAGAAAUGGGUCUAAAGUCACAGCUAAGAAUAGAGCUAAGAGGAAACGUGACAAGAAACCCGAAGAGUUACACAGAUGGGACCCAAAACCAAGGUCUGUAUGACCCAGGCAGAGCUCACUACAGGCCACUGACUCUGCUGCCCAUGGUCCAUUGAGCCAACCAUGGGAAAAACUCCUAAAAGCGGGGGCUUUGGUAACCCCACCAGGGUGCUAGUUCACUUCUGACUCCAGACCCUGCCCUAGAGCCCAGGG